AAGCAACAGGAAUAAAAGCGCAGACGCCUGGUUGUUGCGCACUUGUUGAAGAUAAGAAAGCCGCUACGUUAAUCCGCAACAUUAAUUCUACAAUGGCAGGAAAUAUUAAGAAGUUCUACGACUUCUCUUUAAAACUACUGUCAGGAGAUGUGUUGAAUUUAUCAUCACUCAAGGGGAAGGUGGUACUUAUUGAGAAUGUCGCGUCACUCUGAGGCACGACCGUCAGGGACUACACUCAGAUGAACGAGCUCCAUACGCGCUACGCUGAAAAGGGGCUCGUGGUUCUGGGGGCUCCCUGCAACCAGUUCGGACACCAGGAGAACUGCAAUAACGAUGAAAUAUUGAAGUCCCUGAAGUUCGUCCGUCCUGGAAAUGGUUUCGAGCCUAAUUUUCAGCUGCUGGAGAAGGUGGAUGUGAAUGGCAAGGACGCACACCCCUUGUUCGUCUUCCUCAAGGAAAAACUGCCUUCUCCCAGUGACGACUCCCUGUCCCUCAUGAAUGAUCCAAAAUUCAUCAUAUGGAGCCCGGUCUGCAGGAACGACAUCAGCUGGAAUUUCGAGAAGUUCCUCAUUGGUCCUGACGGGGAGCCGGUCAAACGAUACAGCAGAAAAUUCUUAACUAUCGACAUCGAGAACGACAUUAAGAAGCUUCUCGGCCAAUAAGGAAACCGUCCAGGCGUCGUAUUUUCAGAGGCAGCUUGAUGAUUGGGGAUAUUAAUUAAACUAAUAGUCCCACCUGUGGUUUACAACAGCCAUUUUCUCACCAGCUUCUAGGCCUACUGCUUGUGAAAGUACUUCCUUAUUAACUUCAGGCUGUCUAUGUUCACUUGUGCAAGGUACUGCUGUAGUUUAGGCUCUUUACUGAAUGAAGGCAUCCUUUGAAACCCUUUGAGAGGGGUGCUGGAUGGGAACGUAAAGGUCUUUACCUCACAGUAGUAUUUGGCCCAUGUAAAGUGUAGUUCAGCUUGUAUGUUUUUAUAAUGAGUGAAUAAAUAUACAUUUUCCAAGCACA